AUGGCGCUCGAAAAGCAGCUUCGACUCUACAUUGGCAGCUCUGCCGCAUCAGGUGUUGGCCAGAGCUUCUUCCGAUGGAUCGUCCUGAGGGGCUUUCCGGAGCACGUGUGCGAUGUCGAGGAGGCAGUUUGGAGGACCUUGCCUGCAGACGUUCCCCGCCUCUUCUCUAGCCGGAAUGAGGGCGGCCCCAAUCUUGCAAAUGAGAUCUCCCUUGACCACCUAAUUAAGGAGAUUACGCGUCCUUUCUACGAGCGCUGUGCAAGCCAGGGCUUGGCAGGAAACCCGCGCAUCUAUGCCUUUGACGAAGCAACUUUGCCUGCGCUCAAGUACUGCAACAUCGCUCGACAGACCCAGCUUUUCGCUCAAGAGUUUGAAAACGCUCUGAUUACAGAGCUGCCCAAGGCGGCAGCGAAGCGAGGCCUUCGAGCUGACAUGGUCGUGCAGCAGCUUCCUACCAUCUGCAAGCUCUCCAAGCUGAUCAUCUUCGAGCUUCCAAAAUCCAUGGACGACCCGGGAGACUUCUUUGAACAAGCCUUGACAAAGGUCGGUGCUCACACGACCGGAAGUAUUGCUGCUGAGACGAAGGAUUUGGAGCUCGUGAUGGACGUCAUCGGACACUGUGAAGCAUUGCGAGACUUCUUUGGUCCGGCUAGAGAUUACAGAAUGUGGAAGCAUCACGUUGCUUGCAUUCAACACCUUCGAUACUUAGGGCAGUAA